CAAACCACAGCCUGGGGACAUUAAUGGUCUAUUUGAGCAUUCACACAUUUUGCCUUAGACUGCAGCCACACAGACAUGGACUGGACCUACCUCGUUAUAUGGUUUCUGAGUUUGUCAGUGGGUGAGUGCAGGCAGCCGUCCGACUCAUUACUAGAUGUGGAGGUCCAGUCCCCUCAGUAUCCCCAGCCUUACUCCCCCAACCUGCUGAGGAAAUGGGACCUCUGGGUUCCCGAUGGCUACAAGAUCCAGCUGUCUCUAACACACCUGGAUAUUAAAGCUUCUCCAGGCUGCCAUCACGACUCUCUAACAGUUCUCAAUGAUGAAAAGGUCUUGGGGAAGUUUUGUGGCCAGGAAAAUUCAACUGGCCACCCAGGCAAAGAGCCGAUCAUUUCUCAAGGCAACAAGCUGACUCUAAUAUUCCAAACAAGUGACUUUGCUGCUGAGCUCCAACAGCAUGUUGGUUUCUCUGCUAUAUCCAAAGCAAUAGACAUGGAUGAGUGUUCACAGUCGGACCCUGAAGAUGACUCCGGUCCGAUCUGCUCUCAGAUCUGCAUCAACAGCCCUGGUUCUUACCGCUGCUCCUGCCACCGUGGCUACAAACUUCAUUUAGACAAGAGCACAUGUUUGAUCUCCUGUGGGCGUCAGACAUUUGACAAGCAUGAAGGACAUCUGGCCAGUCCAAGAUACCCUCACCCUUCACCUCCUUCUCUGUCCUGCAAGUACAUCAUCUCUGUGGAGCCCAGAUUCAAUAUCACUCUCAACUUCACUGACAGCUUCCACAUAGACAGCACGGACACUGAGCAAGGUCCAUGGUGUCUUCAUCACUGGCUGCAGGUGACCAUCCCAAACAGAGAGCCCAUGAAGCUGUGUGGUGCAAAGAGUCCAGGUCUGAUAGAUACAAACUCCAACACUGUCACACUGGAGUACCACACUGAUGUUGAGGGACUGAGUCGUGGCUGGAGCCUGGACUACAGCACAUCCGUAAUUGAUUGUGGAGAACCUGAACCUUUGCUGAAUGGAGGGGUGACCUUCCUGACUGACUUCCAGAAUCAGUACGGGUCUGUUGUUCAGUAUCACUGUAAUGAACCCUUUUACACUCUCCCUGGGGGAAAAAAUGUUACUUUCACCUGUGACGCAAACGGAAAGUGGAGCUCUAAUCACAACGAUGUCGCUCUAACAUGUGUACCUGUCUGUGGCCAGCCCACAAAACUCAUCUCCACCUAUCGGAGGAUCAUUGGAGGCAGCGAUGCUCCACAGGACACCAUCCCCUGGCAGGUGCUCCUGAAUGUAGAUGGACGAAGAGCAGCAGGCAUGGUGAUUGGAGACCGCUGGAUCAUGACUGCAGCUUCUGAGCUAACACAUGGUGGAGAACCGGUAUCAGAAGACACUGUACGGAUUUACAUGGGAUCUUCUGACAUUGAAACCCUGUUGGGCCGUCCUGUGUUUGCAGCCUCAAUCCACGUUCACCCUGAGUACAACAACCCCAACCUCGUUAACUUCAACAAUGACAUCGCCUUGAUCAAACUGCAAGAUCCAAUCACAUUCAACUCCUCCGUUAUGCCAAUUUGUUUACCAGCAGAGGACGCCACAUACGACACCGGCGUGAUGGGGCUGGUGGCAGGCUUCGGCAUUAUGAACAUUUACCCCCCACAGUUAACAAAAAAGCUGGCAUACAUGCAGGUCCCUGUGGUGGAGCAGGAGACAUGCAGCAGUUCGAUCAAUGACCUGAAGAAGACAAGAAACAAUGUACCGAAACUGACGAAUAACAUGUUCUGUGCUGGACUCCCUGAAGGUGGUAAGGACACCUGCCUCGGUGAUAAUGGAGGACCCUUCGCCCUGAGGGACCACGGACACUUCUGGGCUGCUGGGAUUGUCAGCUGGGGGUUCGACUGUGGACAGCAGGGAACAUACAGAUUCUAUACAAGAGUUGCUAACUACAUGGACUGGAUCAACAAGACUCUGCAGCAAAAGUCAAAUGUGACCAUCCCAAACAGAGAGCCCAUGAAGCUGUGUGGUGGAAAGAGUCCAGGUCUGAUAGAUACAAACUCCAACACUGUCACACUGGAGUACCACACUGAUGAUGAGGGACUGAGUCGUGGCUGGACUCUGGACUGCAGCACAUCUGUUUAUGUAAUUAAUUGUGGAGAACCUGAACCUUUGCUGAAUGGAGGGGUGACCUUCCUGUCUGGCUCUCAGAACCAGCACCUUUCAGUUGUUCAGUAUCACUGUAAUGAACCCUUUUACACUCUCCCUGGUGGCAAAAAUGUGAAUUUUACUUGUGAAGCAGACGGAAAGUGGAGAUCAAACCAGAGCAGUGUCACUCCAACAUGUGUACCUGUCUGUGGCCAGCCCACAAAACUUAUCUCUACCUAUCAGAGGAUCAUUGGAGGCAGCGAUGCUCCACAGGACACCAUCCCCUGGCAGGUGCUCCUGACUGGAGGUGGAAGAGGAGGAGGCAUGGUGAUUGGAGACCGCUGGAUUUUGACUGCAGCUCAUGUUGUUACGUCUGAAGGAAAUCAAUCAUCACCUGAAUCUGUCAAGGUUUCCAUUGGAGGAACUAAUGUUAAAACUCUGUUUGAAUCUCCUGGAUCUCCUGCUGCUUCAAUCCACGUUCACCCUGAGUACAACAACCCCGACUUCAUUAACUUCAACCAUGACAUCGCCUUGAUCAAACUGCAAGAUCCAAUCACAUUCAGCUCCUCCAUUAUGCCAAUAUGUUUACCAGCAGAGGACGCCACAUACCACGAUGGCGAGAUGGGACUGGUGUCAGGCUUUGGUGUUACACAGACUGAAGGCCGACUGAUUUUAACAAAUACGCUGAAGUACUUGCAACUCCCUGUGGUGGAUGAAGAGACGUGCAGUCGAUCAAUCACUUCUUUGGCGCACUCAAAUUAUUAUGUACCAGUGCUGACAAACAACAUGUUCUGUGUUGGAGUCCCUGAAGGUGGGAAGGACUCCUGUCAGGGUGACAAUGGCGGCCCCUUUGCCCUGAGGAGCGGCGGACGGUUCUGGGCUGCUGGGAUUGUCAGCUGGGGGGUCGACUGUGGAAAGAAGGGAAGAUAUGGCGUCUGUACCAGAGUCACUAACUACCUGAACUGGAUCAACAAGACCAUGCAGGAGAACUGAAAUUUGAUAAAACUAUAAUAAAAACAGAACUAAUAUGCUCUAAAUAUACUCUUAUUAAAGCAUUUGUUGUCACGAAACAAUGAUGUUAUGGCAGUCUUCCAGUUGACAAUAAAAUGAUCAAGUGCAAAUUUCAACAAUUU